UAGGUUUUGAAGAAGACUAGCUUGGACAUUGGAAAAAAUGCAGGCUGUGAGGGAGAAGCUACAUGAUAUGAACGCCAUGCGCAAGGCCAAGGCCGAAGCCAGGGCCGAAGAGCAGACGGAGAAAGAGAUGGCAAACACCAGGAUGGAGGUUGCUCGUGAGGUUAGACUGGCAAAAGAGGCUGAUGCCGCGGCGGAUUUGCAUGUGGCGAGGGCUCGCCAGAAGAUAGAAAGGGAAGAAGCCAAGCAUGCACCCAACCACCCAAAUGCAAUUGCCAUCGUCGAUCCGCCGGAGUCGGACCGUUGUCUUUUGGCUGCAGAAAAAACCAGCCCUGCCAACAAACCCUAGGGCUACCACGAUCAAUUAAUAUUGAAGAACAAGUUGAAUAUCGUGUUUUUUUUUUGUUUUUUUUUUUUUUCAAUUUU